AGUCCGCCGGCGGGCGAUCACGUUUGCUCGCCCCCGUAUACAGCUCCCCAGACCCCCACUCCAAAGGCCAAAAACGCUUUUGUUUUCUUGGCGCUCCAUCCCGGUGCAGGUGCCACCAUCUCGGGGAGCCAUCUCCACAAACAGCCAGCUCCCAGAGCAAAUAUUCAACACGUGCAACCAUGUCUCACCUGUUAGGCCCACCUGAACGUCAAAGAAGUGAUUGUCAAUCAGGUUGUGUCGACGUCAGCUCUUAAUUGCCCCUCACUCGUCCUGCCCCUCUCCUGCUCGGCUAUAAGGGCGGCCCCUGAAACGUCCCGUUGGCAAAAAACGCUCUUGCUUCCUUCAUUUGGCACGCGCCGUUGCGUAGCUCUUUCUGCGAGUGUGCUUAGCCGUUUUUGGGAAACAGAAGACAUGUACCGCUUUUGGAUGGUCGUCUGCUUUGUGGCGGUGGUGUCGUCUGCUACGAAUGCGAGGAAUUUUGAUGCGGAUGACGCUCACGAGGCAUCGCCAACGAACGAAACACCACAGCAGCCUCACAUGACAGGCGUCGACGAAUCGUCCGUUGAAGCUGCGUCGCACUACCAGGACUCUUAUGGUCCCUGGUCCGCGUGGUCCCGAUGCAACCGUCGGUGCCGUCAGACGCGUACGAGGUCCUGCAUGUCUGCCGCUCAGUGUGGUACUAGCGUUCUGCGUGAAGACCGUACAUGUCAAGGAGACCGAUGCGCCAAGCCUAUCCUCGUGCAACCCGCAAGCAGCGAUGAGAGCAGCAACAGAGCCCAGGAUGGGUUUAAGGUACUUUACCAUCUACAGAACUUCGUCUACACUGAGUGGUCGGAAUGGUCCGCCUGUACCCGUCAUUGUCGCACCCGACGACAAAGACAGUGUCGCAUGCCACUGGUAUGCGGUAAAGUGGCCAUACAGGAAGAUGCUCUGUGCUACGUAGAAGGAAGUGUUUGCGAAUCUCUCUACAAAAGAAAGUCAACCCCGUCUGCGCCUACCGAGGAGAAUGAACAUACCGAAUGGGAUGGCGGCGAAGUCGACAGGGUGCACCCGCUCGAUUCUCAGAGAUGCGGCGUACCACACCCCAAGACAAGGGCAGCAAAAACAAGGAUUAUUGGAGGCCGACCAGCUGCAAGAGGUCGAUGGCCGUGGCAGGUGGCCGUGCUGAACAAGCGCCGCGAGCCUUUCUGCGGAGGCACCUUGAUUGCACCAAACUGGGUGCUGACAGCUGCCCAUUGCAUCCGUCGGCGCCUGCACGUCGUUGCUGGAGAACACAACCUACAUAGGCGGGAAGGAUCUGAACAGGAAUCCCGUGUGGCGCAACACUUCGUUCAUCCAGAUUACGAUGCCGAGACCGUUGACUUCGACAUAGCCCUUCUUCGGCUUCGUACGCCGCUCCGUGUCGGCGAUUGGGUAGGAGCCGCUUGCCUACCUUCCAGCAACGACGUUCUGUCUCCUGGGUCAAGGGCCACAAUCCUCGGUUGGGGGAAGCUAAACAAGUGGGACACCAACGGUACAGACGUGCUGCACGAAGCCGAGGUUCCCAUAGUAACUGCCGACGAAUGCAAACGAGUCUACGACGACUACUACAUCAGCGAAAACAUGAUGUGUGCUGGAUUCCGUCGGGGUCGCAUCGACUCCUGUGCUGGAGACAGCGGAGGACCUCUCCUCUACCAGAUAAAUGGUAGAUGGACCAUAUAUGGCAUCACCAGCUUCGGAGAAGGCUGCGGGAAACAGGGAAAAUACGGAAUCUACGCAAAAGUUCCCAACUUCGUACGGUGGAUUAGGAGAGUAGUAGGGAAGUACACGUAGUCCCAACCUUGAACCGUGAUGCGAACUAUAAGACUACGGGCUUCAUGCCUCGAAGUCCACAUGUGCCAAUAUUGUUGAACAUCGGAAAAGUUGUGGCAGACAACGCGUGCUGUGCUUCGAGUUGAAAUGCGCUGUCGAGUUCGUUUCGGUAAGGAUGAAUAACCCAGUGAAAGAAGUGCUGAUGUUUGGUAGAUUGUGGGGGCACCAAACUGAGUGCACAUCAGCAAGCUACCCAAGACAACAGCAAGGCAACAGCAGCAGUGCAACAGAUAAGACGAAGUGGGACAAUAUCCACGCUGAGAGUUUCACCUCAGACUAAUGUUUUGUGGCAAGCCAACUGCCAAUCAAAACGCACACCUUGUGACGUAGACUAUAUCGGCUUGAACGUCUGUGGUAGCAGCAUGGGUUGGUCGCAUCUCAUUCACCUGUUUAUUGACAUCAACUCAAUUAUUCUGUUCCCCUUAAGAUCGCGCGGCAGACAUAUUCUUCUGGCAACUGAGGACUGACCUUUAUCUGUAGACCAUGUACUACGACCUUCUGUGAUAGGCUAGACAUGAUACCACUGAAAGUUGCCAUGUUAAAAUUGGUUCCGGAUAGGGACGAUCAAAUCACUGUGGUUUCACGUUGCCACUUCCUAAAUAAGGUCAUCGCUAUAGCCGCGCUGCUAAUGGUUUAUGUGGCGUCAGUUUCGAUACGGUGUUUGCGACAGUGAAGAUGACUCAAGCAAUACCACCUAAAUGCCAUGUCAGCAGCUAGGGUCACGAUGACAUCUGCUUCAGUCAAUCGCUGCAGACGAUUUCAAACACAGGGCUUCUGCAGCAUGCGGCCGGCUCAUCGCCAUAACCGGAGUCAUAGCUAGGGCCGCUGGAAUCACGUCAUGAUUGGCGGAUUCUUAAUUAGUGACCACGUGACAUUGUUUAAGCGAUCAGGCUUUCUCUAUCAGGACGUUAAAAGACACAAUCUUGCCGAAGCUACUAAACGAAGUCUUCGCAAGGGGUAGAACUGAGCCCUGCUAAUUACCGGUCAGUAAUAAGGAGGGUUCAGCGCAUGGCGUUGACACUCAUUGGCUUUUUCGUGAAUUACUUGUCGUCUUUGUCCCUCAGGCUCUUGGAGGCCCUAUGUGUUGUGUUUGUCCCUAGAUGGAGCGCGCCUCGGCUCGUGUGCUGUGUACGAAACGAAGUCCUGAGAAUUUCUCUCCUCCUCUUAUAAUGAUGAUGACUACCACAGAAGGUCGUGUCGCUGGCAUCUACUCUACUCUGCUCUGCCACGCGCCUUCGAUGUACAUCUUGCUCCUCUAUCUUUUUUUUUUUUUUUUAAUAUAGUCGCGAGCCAUGUGCUUGUUCUGUACGAGUGAGCUACAAUGAUGUAUGUCGCAGAAGUUGUCACCAACAGAACCUAUAAUUAAAGCUGAAAACGGUGGCGAAGCAGAUGCGUUGCUGACACACCGGCGCAGCAGGAGUGAUUUGUUGCAUGACUCUUAGCGCACAUUGUGUCCUUGUCCUACCGCGUGUUAACGUGAUAAAUCACAACCAGCGUUGCUGCGCACAUGACAUUAGAAAUGAAGAGUAUUAUGGUGCUGCCUUUCCCGGAAGUGGUUUCUUUGUACGAAACUAUAGCACUUCAGAAAAUUAUUACCGUGUAAAUAAGAUUGAACUACGGGAAUGUGGAGAAGUGAUUAUCUUCCUAACUAGUCCAUGAAGACAUACAUAUAUAUUAUGCAUGUAUUAUGUUCAUAUCACAUCAAUAGUGCAUGAAAGAUAUGUGACAAUGCAGCGGUGAAUAAAGUAUACACUAUCGUA